GUCAGCCUCAUAGAUACUCGUUGCGUGUGACUCGGACCCCCACAGUAUCGCCUCUCUACGCACAGCCUCUGCCGCUCUCCGUCGGACCCGCAGCUCUUUUUAUUUCACGCACACAUCCGGCCGUGAAGCCGCCACCCUCUCCAUCUCUGCGCUCGUCGUAGCUCUACCUCGGUGGCCAGACAAAGGACGACCAAGGAGGACCGGACAUGUUCGGGAUGCGCAGGGGACUCGUCGGGCUGUCCACAUGUGGGUGCCUGCUGAUGCUGGUUCAUUUCUCGCCUCAAGCAGAUGCAGCCUUUGUGUGCAGCUCCACUCAGUUGAAGUGUGCAAAUGGGAGGUGCAUCACCCGCAGGUGGAUUUGUGAUGGGACCGACGACUGUGGUGAUGGAACCGAUGAACUGCCUGCAACCUGUGCAACCAAAACAUGCCUGCAGUCAGAGUUCAGCUGCGGCGGACCCACCAACCAGUGUAUACCAGGAGGCUGGCACUGUGACGGCAAAGCUGAAUGCAUCAACGGAGCGGACGAGAACAACUGCACGGCCAAACAAUGCGACGCCGACGAGUUCCGCUGCAGCAACGGCCUGUGUCUAUCCCUGACCUUCGUGUGCGACGGCGACAACGACUGUUCAGACGGCUCCGACGAGGCGUCCUGCCCCAAACCCAGCUGCAGCUCUCGUUCCUUCCAGUGCAACAACUCGGUGUGCGUGCCGGCCCUGUGGCGCUGCGACGGAGACGAGGACUGUGCCGACGGGUCGGACGAGUGGCCGCAGAACUGUGUGGGACGGCAGCCGGACAAGGCGGCGCAGCGCUGCGGCCCCCACGACUUCCAGUGUGCAAACGGAGAGUGUAUCCACAGCAGCUGGAGGUGUGACGGAGGAGUCGACUGCCAGGACCGAUCGGACGAGGUUAACUGCAGUCGUCCCACUUGUCGCCCAGAUGAGUUCCAGUGUACUGACGGUGCUUGUAUCCAUGGCAGCCACCAAUGCGACAAUGUGCCCAACUGCAGGGACCUCAGUGAUGAGAUCGGCUGCCACACAGAAAAUGUGUGUGAAGGCCCCACGACGUUCAAGUGUCGCAGCGGGGAGUGUAUCAGCAUGGACAAAGUGUGCGACAAAAAGAACGACUGCAAGGACUGGUCCGAUGAACCUGUCGGAGAGUGUGGAAGAAACGAGUGUUUGACUGGAAACGGUGGCUGCUCCCAUUCCUGCAGCGACCUGAGGGUCGGCUACAACUGCUCCUGCCCUGCUGGAUACAGCCUGAAGACGGACAAGAAAACCUGUGAAGACAUUGAUGAAUGUGCUGAGGCGGACACUUGCACUCAGAUCUGCAUUAACUUGCCCGGCAGCUACAAGUGCGAUUGUGAGGAGGGUUACGAGAUCGACCUUGUGAGCAAGACAUGCAGGGCCGAAUCAGGCACCGUACCCACACUCUACUUCACCAAUAGACACGAGGUGAGGAAGAUGACGGUGGACCGCAGCGAGUACGUCCCACUGAUCCCCCAGCUGAAGAACGCGGUGGCUCUGGACUUGGACAUGCCUAACAAGAUGAUCUUCUGGUCCGACCUGUCUCUGAAGAAAAUCUACAGCUCUAAGAUAGACGUGGCCGGUAACUCCUCCCACCACUCUGUGGUGGUUGGUAGCGGCAUUGAGGCCCCAGAAGGCAUUGCGGUGGAUUGGAUCCAUGGCAACAUCUACUGGACUGACGGCGUUUUAAAGACUAUCUCUGUGGCAACGACAGACGGCAGCAAGAGGAAGACCCUGAUUACUAAAGACCUGGGGAAGCCAAGAGCCAUCACAGUCGACCCUGUCAAUAACUUUAUGUACUGGACCGACUGGGGUCAGGAGGCCAAGAUAGAGAAGAGUGGCUUGAAUGGAGCGGAUCGCGUUGCCUUGGUAACAGAUAACAUCCUGUGGCCCAACGGCAUCACUCUCGACGUGAUCAACCAGCGUCUGUACUGGGUGGACUCCAAGAUGCACACCCUGUCCAGCAUUGACGUGAACGGAGGGACACGACACAACCUCAUCUCCAGCGAGGAGAAGCUCGCACACCCCCUCUCUUUGACUGUCUUUGAGGACAGAGUGUUUUGGACCGACUUGAUCAACAGUGCUGUUUUCAGUGCCAGCCGCCUGACCGGGAAGGACAUCACUCAGCUGGCGAUGGACCUGAACCACCCAGAGGACAUCGUGCUGUACCACAACCUCAAGCAGCGAACUGGUACAAACUUGUGCAGAGAGGGAGUCAGUGAGAAUGGAGGAUGCGAGUUCCUGUGCCUCCCUGCCCCGCAGAUCAACCAGCACUCUCCUAAAUACACCUGCGCCUGUCCUGACCACAGUACCAUGGGGCCCGACAUGAGGAAAUGCGUGACGACAGCCACAGUUGCCCCUCCUGCCAAAAAGAUAACGGGGGCACCGCUCCUGCCCAAAGCUCCCACCGAGCAUGCUACAACACGCAGGCCGGCUGUCACCGCCACUUCGACAACUACCACCAUAGUUACCAAGAAAGACACAACUACCUCCUCUGGCCUGCCAAGCACACAGCAGCCUGCCGCUACCGCCCAAGGUAACCGACUGGCAGCCUUGCCCGAAGAAGCCCCUUCAUCCCCCUCGAUUGCUCUCUACGUCAUAUUGCCAAUAUUGGUCAUGUCCCUGCUGAUCUUUGGAGCAAUGUUUCUAUGGAGACACUGGCGUCUGAAGAACAACAACACCAUCCACUUUGAUAAUCCAGUGUACCAGAAAACCACAGAGGAUGAGAUGCACAUCUGCAGGAACAACUCUGAUGGCUACAUUUAUCCUCAGAGGCAAAUGCUGAACAUGGAUGACAUGGAUGUUGCAUGACCUUGAGAUGAAGAAGACACCAAGUGUUAGGCUCAUUUUGUGGCUUAUGUUUCUUACCUCAGCACUGUGCCGUCCAAGUCUGAAGAAAAUA